AUGCACAGUGAGUUUCACAAGUCUAUUCCAUUUGAUAGGCCAAGUUUGAUAAAAGCAGCACCAACUCAUUCUGCUGCACAUAGUUUUAUAUACGCGACAAAAAUUGUGCUCACAAAGCCAUUUACACUGGAAAGCCAAUCAGAUUCCGAUGCCAAUUAUAAAGCUCCAAAUAUUUUGCAGCGUAUACUAAGUCUCUUUAAGAAUGUGCACCCAGGAUCUGACCUCUCAUGCUACAAGUUGCCACCUGUGUUCAACAUGCCAAAGUCACAACUUCAGUGCUACGCUGAAUCUGUAUAUUCAACAGCUUCAGACUUGUUAAGCAAACUCAACACUGGCAAAACACCGCUUGAUAGACUCAUAUCUGUUGUUGCAUGGAGCAUUUCCACCACACGCCCUGCAACAUUUGGAGUUGCUCCCUACAAUUCCAUUCUUGGUGAGACUCACCAUGUUUCCAAGGGAAACCUUAACGUCUUGCUGGAACAGGUUUCACACCACCCUCCGGUAUCUGCCCUCCAUGCAACUGAUGAGAAGGAAAACAUAGAAAUGAUAUGGUGCCAUUUUCCUGUUCCUAAGUUCACUGGUACUUCAGUAGAAGGCAAGGUGCAUGGCAAACGGAUACUGAAGCUCCACAAUCAUGGAGAGACUUAUGAAAUGAAUUCUCCUCAUCUCUUUAUCAGAAUUCUUCCAGUUCCUGGGAUUGAUUGGGUUGGCAAUGUCAGUAUCCGGUGCCCAGAGACAGGCCUUGUGGCAGAAUUAAGCUACAUAACUCAAUCUUUCUUUGGAUUUGGUGGAAAUCGAAGACUCAUAAAAGGGAAGAUCUUUGAUUCAUUGUCAAUGAAGAUUCUAUAUAAAAUUGAUGGUCAUUGGGAUAGUACUGUAACAGUGAAGGAUACAACUAAUGCAAAAGUAACAGUGAUAUAUGACGCAAAAGAAGUUAUUUCAGGGCUCCAAGCUCCUAUUGUCAAGGAUCCAGAGAGUGUGUGGCCAACAGAAUCUGCUCUUGUUUGGAGUGAGUUGAGCCAAGCCAUCCUGAGCAAAGACUGGGAAAAAGCAAUAGAAGCAAAGAAAAAUGUGGAGGAAAGGCAGAGGGAGCUCCUGAGAGAAAAGGAGUUAAAAGGGGAAACUUGGGUUCCUAAACACUUUAUAGUUUCUCAUAGCAAAGAAGAGGGCUGGGACUGUUCACCAAUUCAAAGGUGGGUCCCAGACGCCCCUAUGGUUACCCUGUAA